CCGGUUCUCGCCGCUCAGAUGCCUAGCCCUUUGUCAUUAGUCUACAAUUUUGCCCUUGCUCCAGACAGCAACACGCAGGUAUGCCUGGGCACAAGGUCUAAAAGCAGUCCCCUACUCGCCGGUCUGCUCACACGCAAGCAGUCCGGCUUCGGGGGCAUUGGCUUUCAGCCCUUCACUCUCAAAGCCAGGCAGUAA